AUGAGUGAACGAAUCAAAUCAAAAAAUUGCGAUUUGAUUCGAGCUGUUUUCGAUGUCAAAAUUCGAGACAUCAACAUCUCAUUCCAUGUGAGUUUUAUGAAUUACGAAAAAUGUUUAACCUAAAAAUGAAUUUCAGGCUUUCUUGCAACGCAUUGGCGAUAUUCUCGAUUUUGAAACAUCGGAAAAAGUCGACAGAUUGUUGCGGAGAUUUCGUCGCGCUUUCUGUAUCAUUGAGCAGGAAUUGGUGAGAACAAAAACAUUUAGUAUUCAAAGAUUGUCUUUCUAUUUUAGGAUGUUUUGGCGUUCGGUUUUGAAGUGGGAUGUGCAAACGAUAUGUUCAAAUCUUUUGAGAAAAUUAUGGAGUUUCUCAGGGAGAUGAUUGUCAUCGAAUUGGUAAAUUUUUAAAAUCUUUAUUUCAUACUACAAAUUACUCAUUUCGAUGAUUUUAUACAUUUUGUGACAAUUAAAAUCAUCAGUUUCGUGAAAUUUUGAAAAUUUGAUGUUUCAAAUGUAUUCUGACUUGUGAUUUUUUUCCAGAAAUUUCGAAAUUCUAGAUGAAAAUAUAAAGAGAAAUUUUUAAAAUUUAUGGAACGCUCUCGUUUAAUAAUGUGUUUUUCUACAUAAAAUUUUUUCGAAGGGUUGUGUAAAUAUAGAAUUUCCUUGAGGGCCUGAAUCAAAGUUUAGAGUUUUCAUGAAAAUUGCGUCUCCAAAUUUUGAAAAUAAUUUUUAUCAGAUCUUUUUAAUUUUCUCUAGAAAAUCGUAUUUUAUAUCGUCCUAUAUGAUUACAGAAUUGAAGGUUUUUUUGAAGGAAAUCCAUCUGAACUCUGGUUUCUUUUUCAUACUCACAUUCAGAUUCAGACAAAUAAUUGUGAACCUCCAAUUAUUUUUUAUUUUUCAUUUUCCCAAACUUCCGAUGAAAUCAUUUUUUAUUUCAUCUAGGGCAAAUAAUGAACAACGCUCUUUUUUAAUUAGGAGGGUUUGAAAAAAAUCACGAGGGAUAAAUUGUACUUUUUUAUUGGUGUGGGUUGGAGAAUAUAACUUGGCAGCAGCCAAAACUGUCACUAUCACCUGCGAUAAACGUAUAUAGAAAAUGUUUUGAUAAGUUUGAGACCUAAAGAUUCAAGUCGUUUCUUCCCACAAAAAAUUAUGACACGUCAUCAUUACAAAAUUUUUCCCAUUUCCCAUAAACGCCCCCGCCUCUCAAAUGAUUCUAAAACAAAUUAAAAUUAAUUUUUUCGUGGGAAUAUUCUUAUUUCCCUACGGGAAACAAUAAUGUGUUAAUAGUUUUUCUUGAUUAAAAUUGAAUUCAAUCAAUGCUUCUCAUAAUUUUUUUUCUAACAACGCUUUUCAGAUUAUUUUUCCCGAUAACAUUAUCAAUGUUUUUUUCAGAAAACUUGCACUGUUUUGCGUGAGUACAGCGAAAAACAACGCGCCGAACGUCUUCGUCUCGUCAAUUUCAACGAUCAAUCUCAAUACGACGACGAAGACACUGAAAACCGCCGUCCAUAA